GCGUCGUGUGAGGAUGGGAAAGACCUGCGGGGCACAUUGAUCGACCCACAAUGCACGUGAGACAUGACCAACAAGGCCCUCUGGGAUAACUCAAAAAGCAUGAGCAGCAUGGAGCCUAAAGCUGGCUGCUCCCCCACGGUUCCAGAGGCAGAACUCUACCGCAGCGUCAUGGCUGUGCUGCCCAGGGAAACAGACAACCAGCAGCCCCAAGACUGUCUGAACAAAGGCAUGCUGAGGUGGACGCUUCACAAGAAGGUUCAAAACAAUCCUGCGAACAGCUUAUCUCUGCUGUGGGUGCUGAUAAAAGAACUGGAAAAGGCUGAGAGAUGGGACUCUCGCAAAUGCAUCAUCCCUCUGCUCCACACACUCAUGUAUGCCAUCAUUCAGACAGCCUACAUUCCAGAUGAGCUGUACAAGCGGGUUUACGACUUCUGUAAGAGACUCCUGACCUACCCCCAUCCCUACUGCACUGUGGGACUCAGCUACACGCGACAGAUAAAAACUGAACGCUCCAUUCCAGGUCUGAUGUACCAGAGGAUGGUCACAGCAGAGCAGAGACUUAAAAAUGAGCACUUUCCCUUUCAGGAAAGGGUCUUCGUCCUGGCCGACCCAGAAGUCUUCUCUGGCUCUUUGGGACAAGUCAUGUCGGGCGAUAUUGAGACGUCCUCUUCAGCUGUAGAUGGAUCUCCGAGUCCUUUCGAUCACAUGUGCUGUGUGGUCCAACACUCCAUACAGGCUGCUUUAGGAGCGGAGCAGUGCCACGGGCCCAAACUGGCUCGAGCCCUCAAGGACAUGGGUCAAGAUGUCGAGUCGCACUUUCAGGAAGUGUUGGCGGCUCUUGAGCAGAGCGCGGAGGAGGGCGGCCGAGGGGAGGGGGGAGCGCUGAGGAGCCGUCUUCAGCGGCUGUACAGCAAGAUCGUCACGGAUGCAGACUCAGAGCCAUUGUCCGGUGGACGACUGAGCGACUGCCCUCCACCGAACCCAGGGAUGAGCUUCCACAUGUGGACGGAGGAUCUGGAUAUCUGGCGAGUGCUGGCCAAGUGGGUUCGGUCCAGCUCCAUGUCGGAGCAGUUCUCCCUCAGCCAGGAGCUGGAGGACUUUGAGCUGGGUGAGUCGCCCAGCGACCUGAUGCCGUCCGACAUGACUCGCUUCUCCAUCUUGUCCAACGACAGCGGCAUCGAAAGAGACCUGCCGCCCGGCCCCGAUCUCUCCCUGUCCUCAUCUCUGGACUCUGCCGGCAUAAGUGCAUUGUGGGAACGAUGCAAAGGUGAGCAAGAUCCGGCAAGGCUGUCACGGCGCGGAGGCAUCAAGAUGAAACCGUCGGUGAAGGACAGCAUGGUGCUGAUGCAGGACACCCUGGAGGAACACGCAAGCAUCGGCGGAGGAGGAGGAGGUGGAGGUGGAGGGAGGGGAGGAAGACGAGAGGCGACUCUGCAGAGGCGGGCUGGAAGCAGCGCCAUGCAGAACCCCUUCCCCAAGCAGCAGAGACACUUCACUGCCAGGAUAGUCGCCAUGGGAGACGACAGAGUCCUGGGUCGCCUGGCCAAGGCCUACUUCUUCUUCAGGAAAAGGGAAGCGCGGAGGCUUUUUCUUACCAUGAAAGUAAACCUCCAGUUUUACUACAUCCCUGUUUGCGGGGCAACAAUUCCCAUCUCCUCUAUCAAGGAAAACCUCCAACAAUCCAAAGAUAAUCUCUGCACUCUCGGUUCCUACUUGAGCAUGGUGGACCCGUGGUACAACUCUAACAUCAAGAGUUUAGGCUGCAUGAUCCCCAAACUGGCUAAGAUGAAACAGACGAACCCAGGGGGACAUAAAGACCCCUUUGUGUCUGAUGUCAUUUCCUACUACGUUCGGACCGGCCAGCAGCCCGUCUACUUCACCAUCUACUUUGUUAAGAUCACGUUCACCAACAUGACAAAGAACCCUGUGGAAGAUGUGUUUCUCACCCAUCUAGAAAUGGAGUUGCCUGAGUUCAGACAGAUCUCAGCGUCAAUUAAAGAAAAACAGAAGAAGAGCUCGGGGGAAGUCUGUGGGGCCGUUGUCUCGUUGAAUUACAGAAAGGUGACAUUAAGUGGCCGAGACGUUGACAAAGGAAUGUCAGUCAGGACGUCAGGAGCUCAGAUCAAUGCUAUUCCCUCCAAUGAGGCAGAAGAUCUGAACUGUUUGACAAUGACACUGAAUGAAUCUCCAACAAAAUCCAAAAACAACGCUGUGGAGUCAAAGAUUCGGUUCAGCAACAUUAAGAUUCGCACUUUGGAGAGUCGAACCUUUACUGUUACACUGGACAGAGAUUGUCGCAGGAGCUACAGAGAUGUGCAGAGCAUCGAGAUCUCCCCGUGUCUCGAUCCAGGAUACUGCGUCCAGAAAACCAUUAGGUCCAAAUUCACAUUGGGAGAGGACAAAGACGCCGGACUGAGCAAAUACAUGAACAAAGGACUGCCUCUACCGAUCAACACAUUUGCCGGCAUCAUCACCUGACGCGGUGGAGUCACCCCGCAGAGAACUUUGAGAAUUAACACCAUCAGCGCUGUGUUUUGAUAGCGAGAAUGGCUGUAAGUCCAGGCGGACACAUGAAAAGACAAAAGGAAACACCUUUGAGUCACACUGAGCUGCUCCUGGAAACAAAAACAAUCACUUCUGUCAGUUGGGUUUGACUGGCAUGUGUGGAAAAAGACUAUAAAUCAAAGCAACACAUACAGUACCAGUGUCACUUCUUGCAGUUGAUGGAAUCUUUUUUUUUUUUUUUUUUUACAGUAACAGCAACAAAGUUGUGUUUCCCAGCAUGGUUAUUAUUGAACUCCUCACAGUGUUUCUACUACCGUACAUAUUUUCAGUAAAUCUAUGCAGAUUGGAUUGCCAAAGAACAAUACUGCCUGAAACACUAGAGAGACAGGCAGAGGGAAAUAAGUGAGCAAAGGUAGGACAUUUAAGAUUCCAGGACUACUGGUAAUUGGAUCACUAAUCAGGUGACAUCCAAAAAUCUCUGCAGAAAGUCUGGAAAUUCAGUUUUUUCUUAAAGUCACCAUGCGGAGGGGCAGAUUUUAAGGGCUGAUGGUAACAGUGACGCAACUUAAUAGACACACUACCUUUUACUGCCUUCUUCACACACACACACACACACACACACACACACACACACACACACACACACACACACACACAGUACACACAGACAGUACACACACGAUACACACAACAGAUUGCAGACUAGCCCGGUCUGUCGACGACUAAAACGUGCAGAUUGUUGACUGGUACGAUGACAGCUGACAUCUACAUGUUGCCUUUGUCUUUGCUGAAUAACUCCAUAAAAACCUUGCCAUUCCCGUACCUGUUGCAUAAUGCAAGCAUGUCAUGAAGGUGCAAAUAGUUUGGAAACGCUCUGGAACGCUUCAAGAACCACUCUAUGUUCAGAAGCAGGAGCCACGUGACAGGAAAUACUGCAGAACAGAAGCAGCUUUUGUGUUGGACUGUAUCAGACAGACAUAUGCACAGACUGAUGUCUGCUUGUUAGACUUCAGAGCAAAUGUCAACCGGCCACACGUGCAGGAUUCUGUGUUCCCGUGCUUGAUCAUCAUGCAAGACAAAGAGCAAAGUUGUGCACAUGCCAGUUAUUAUCUGAAACGCAUCAGCCUUGAGGUGAGAGUAUGACCUCUGACCUCCGUCCACUCCCUGCCGCGUGUUCCAUGAUACUUAAAUGUCCUAAACUGAAUCUAUUUGCACUAAAACUGCAGUUUUUUUGUUUUUUUUUAUACUGUGUGAAGUAGCAGUGUGUAAAGCAUGUAAUAUGACUACAUGCAACCCCCCCCCCCCAAACCCCCGCCUCUGGCAUGAUCUCAGGCAGUAAAGGUCAACCGCCUCAUGAACUAGGUGUGAUGUAUUAUUGGGUGCACAACAUGAAAUCAUGUUAUUGUGUGUGUGUCCGUGCGACUGCUGGGCUGGCAGGGUUAAAAUCAUGAGUUUGAAAUUCGUGAUGCAUUUUGCACAUUCUUUUUCAUCAAAUUAUCCAUGUAUAAUGAGGACGCCUUUUCAAAAUCAAAAUGUGAGAUGGUGUAAAUACGUGAUUUCGUUUCGUAACACAGUGUUGUGUGUUUGUAUAAUAA